AUGGCCACCAUCAAGGCCAUCGAAGCUCGUUCGGUCCACCAAAUCCAAUCUGGCCAAGUUAUAGUCGACCUAUGCUCUGUCGUGAAGGAACUGGUGGAGAACAGCCUAGAUGCGGGAGCAACAUCUCUAGAUAUCCGGUUCAAGAACAACGGGUUAGACUUGAUCGAGGUUCAAGAUAAUGGAAAGGGAAUAUCCCCAGACGACUACGAGACAGUUGCUUUGAAGCACUACACCUCUAAGCUGUCAAAAUUCGAUGAUUUAUCCUCCCUUCAAACCUUCGGUUUCCGGGGAGAAGCCUUGUCUUCCCUCUGUGCCCUUUCCAACUUCCACAUCAUUACCGCCCAAGCACACGAAGUCCCUAAAGCGUCGCGAUUAGAAUUUGAAAUUUCCGGAAAGCUUAAAAGCACACAUACAGUAGCAGGCCAAAAGGGAACCACUGCAUCGGUCGAAAAUCUUUUCAACAGACUUCCCGUACGACGACGGGAGCUCGAGAAGAAUAUCAAAAGAGAAUAUGGCAAGGUACUGGGCCUUCUGCAUGCCUAUGCAUGCGUCAGUACCGGGGUUCGAUUUAACGUCAAAAACCAAAUGCCUAAGGGGAAGAGUGUCGUGGUUUUUGCUACCAAAUCGAAUACCUCGACGAGCGAGAAUAUAUCCAAUAUAUAUGGAGCUAAAAUUCUCCUCGCCUUGACCCCUCUUGACCUCGAAUUGGAAUUUAAGCCUAGCGGAAUGGGAAAACGUUUGAUUGGGGCUGGUACUAAUGACCCGAAUAAAAUAUUCGUUCAAGGCCAUAUCUCGAGACCUAUUUUUGGGGAGGGAAGGCAGACUCCCGACCGCCAGAUGUUUUUCGUCAAUUCGCGCCCAUGUGGUCUUCCGCAAAUCGCAAAGGCAUUUAAUGAAGUGUAUAAAUCCUUUAACAUCUCGCAGUCUCCAUUCAUCUUUGCCGACUUUAAAAUGGAUACGAAUUCUUACGAUGUUAAUGUUUCCCCUGAUAAACGUACUAUUUUGCUCCAUGACGCCGGCGCUCUCAUAGAGUCAUUGAAGGUGUCUUUGACUGAAUUAUUCGAGCGUCAAGAUCAAACGGUCCCACAAUCUCAAGUUUCUGGAAAGCAGUCCAUGUUGCAGCAUUCCUCGGGCACAAAUAUUCCUAAAUUCAUCUCUAAAAAAUCUGUGGAAUCAAGCGCGCCUCAACAUUCUAAGGAAAUUGGGGAAGCUGAUGGAAAUAACGAGGAGGACGAGCAAAGGGCGAUGAGAGCUUUCGUACAACGUUUUACUGGUAAUAGUACAACCGCAUACGACAUCCCUGAAAUCCCUGAAACCCAAGAGAACGCGGCGGUCGCGGACUCCCCCCAGUCCGCGGAAGAAUAUUCAAUUGCGAACGAAGGUGUUCCGCAACCCGUUACUACAUCCCAAGGGGUUGAGAAAAAUAUAUCUCCCCAAUACCAAUCUUGUGAAAAUGAAAAGAACAACUCGGCAACCACUUCCGCCCCAGUUUUAGAUGAACUCUCCGAAAAUCGAGCUAACUCAGCCUUUACUCUUGCAUCCUCCCUUCUAAGACAGCAACCGCUUCAGUCGGUACGGAGCAGUCCGGCGAAACAUACACCCAAUGUGAUCAAGAACGCCUUCGACCGAAUGCGACCCAGCAGACCACCCCCCGAGCUCGCUACUAUUACAGUAGGAAACCGAACGGUCACAUCAACGAUAGGCAGAGAACAAACCAAGCGAAAAUUUGGAACAACAAGCCUUGGAGGUUCAUCCUCUCGUCCAAAGCGCCGAAUUCAUGUUUCAACUAGCAAAAGUAAACUCGGGCAGGGUCUACGAUCGUAUGCGGCACCAGGCACUCAAAUGGAUGAUGGACUGGAAAGCAUCAGCAGCAGUGGUGAACAAGGUCCCUUAGACGCUGACUCAGAAUCCGAGUCCGAUGAUCAUGAUGAAGAACUGGAUGAAAUCCACUCUGGACAGGAAAAUGAGCAUGAAUGUGACGACAGUGGGAAACUAAUUGGACGAGACGACAUGGAAGUAGGAAAAACAACAGAACUACAUGAUGAACCCGAGGUAUCCGAUUCUGAUGCAAGUUAUGUGGACGAACAGGAGAAAAGGGUUAGAGAAGAAGCGAGAGUUGCAGAGCUGAUACAAGCCGCGGAAGAAAAGGCGUCCAUUCCCUCAGAAGAUACUAUACGAAGAGUCAACAAGAUAUCUAAACGACCGGUUGGCGGAGCGUCCACAGUCGAUCUGGUAGGAUCUAUUAAUGGGUCAUUGGCCAGGAUCAAGGCUCAUGUUAGGUUGCUUCAGGAGGAACUACAGAACAUUAACAACACUAGUUCUACCAUCAGCGAGGGAGAGAUAACCGAGGAGCUUGGCGAGCCAGGGUCAUCAGAAACACGGCUAUCUCUCUCUGUCUCGAAGGAGGACUUCGCUAGAAUGCGCAUCAUCGGACAAUUCAACCUGGGAUUCAUCAUCGUAACACGACCACGGGGGAACCCAAAUGAUCCGAGGGCAUUCCCAAGUCACAAAAAUGACGAAGUAUUUAUAAUCGACCAACACGCAUCGGAUGAAAAAUACAACUUCGAGCGCCUCCAGGCCGAAACUGUUGUGCAAAAUCAACGACUGGUCAAGCCAAAAAUCCUAACCCUCACGGCUGUUGAAGAGGAAAUCAUAAUCGACAAUUUGCCUGCACUGGAAAAGAACGGGUUUGUUGUGGAGGUCGACAGGAGUGGUGACGAGCCCAUCGGGCGCCGAUGUAAACUCACCAGUCUACCACUCAGUAAGGAAAUGGUAUUCGACACACAGGAUCUUGAGGAGCUAAUAGUUCUGCUUGGUGAAUCCCCGCAAACACAAUCUGCAUCAUCACCAUCGUCAUCAGAUUCCGUCCUUACCCCCACCACACUUGGAAGUAAAUAUAUUCCUCGUCCAAGUAAAGUUCGCAAGAUGUUCGCGAUGAGAGCCUGUCGGUCUAGCAUUAUGAUUGGGAAGACGCUUACUAACAAGCAGAUGGACCGUGUCGUGAGACAUAUGGGGAUGAUUGAUAAGCCGUGGAAUUGCCCUCAUGGACGUCCGACAAUGAGACAUCUUAUGAGUUUGGGGGAGUGGAGUGCGUGGGAUGAAUGGGAGGCUGCGACACAGUUAGCAUCGGAAGAUGGUAAUGACGUGCGUCCAAGUACUGGGAUAGCUGUUUGGAAGAGGUUCCUCUCCGACUUGGACGAAGAUUAA